AUGUUGAAGCUGCGUUCACUGAGAGCGAAGAAAGCGCUGGUGCGGGAAUGUAUGGCCGAGUUCCUGGGAACCUUUGUCCUGCUGCUCUUCGGCUGCGCUGCUGCGGCGCAGGUGAAGACUAGUCGGGAGACGAAAGGACAGUUUCUGUCGACAUCUCGGGUAAAGCAGACAGGGACCGGGGCCUCAUUCUGUCUACGGCGUGAUGCUUCACAUGUUAUUUCUUCUCUGUCUGUAGGAGCCCAUCUGAACCCAGCAGUCACUUUGAGCUUCUGUGUACUGGGUCAGGUGUCCUGGUCCAGACUGGUGCCCUACUGUGUCUGCCAGGUUCUUGGGGCCUACGUGGCAUCGGGGCUCGUCUAUCUGAUCUACUACGAUGCUAUAAUGGAAUUCAGCGGAGGUGUGCUGACAGUGUACGGGCCAAAUGAGACAGCCUCUAUAUUUGCCACAUACCCCACAGAAUAUUUAAGUUUGGGCCGAAGCUUCCUAGACCAGGUGGUGGGCACGGCCAUGCUGCUGCUGUGCAUCCUGGGUCUGGAGGAAAAGAGGAACACCCCCGCUCCCACGGAGCUGAUUCCUGCUGUAGUGGCCGUGAUCGUCCUGGGGAUCUCCAUGUCGAUGUCGGGUAACUGCGGGGCAGCAAUAAAUCCGGCCCGCGACCUGGGACCACGCCUGCUCACGCUGACAGCAGGCUGGGGCACCGAGGUCUUUACGUGUUACAACUACUGGUUCUGGGUCCCUCUGGUGGCUCCGCCCAUUGGAGGGGUCUUAGGUUCCCUCUUGUACUUGGUCUUCAUCCAAUGGCAGCUGCCGGACCCAGAUACCCCUGAGAAACAGCCCACGCUCUCCACCGUCAGUGACAAAAUCAAGGAGCCCAAUGUCACGAAGGAAAAGGAAAUAGAAUUAAAGGCUUCAUAUUUCUGAGCUUUACUUAUGUAAAAAUAUGUCCAAACCCAGUUUCAUCAUUCAGAACCAACACUGUCCAUUCUUUGUAGUAUAAUACUGAUUUAUUUUUAUGAAACUACUUCACUGUGUUUUUAUGAAAUGUCUAUAUGGAUGUUAGGUGUAUGUUAAGUUGAGAUAAUUUUAAUAAUAAUUUAUGUACUUGCAUCUUUA